AUGGAUAAACUAAGUAAAUCACUUGAAGUUUUAAAAUUAUUUUCAACAACAACAUGUUAUCGAAAGAACCUCUCAUGUCCUAUUCAGUCAAUAUGUUAUCCUAUGAUUAUAGCACGUGUUCUAAUGAUAAAUGUAAUUGAUCAAUUAUUUGAGCAUCAUAAUCAAAAUCAUAGUACAAAUUUAAUAAUUGGUUAUCUUAAAUCAAAUAUCAAAAAAUUUCAAUCAUCAUCAAGAAAAAGUCAACGAUCAAUAACAAGAACCAGAAAUAUUGGUACAAAUGAACAACAUCUUUCAAUCAUAUAUCAAUGGUCAAUACAUUAUUUACCUAAAUGGAUCAAUUCUUCCUGUCAAUGGAUACAUAAAAUUCAUUAUUCAUUACAACAAACAAAUACUUCUGUAAUUAUAUUCAAUGAUGGAGUGCAAUGUGAAACAAUAUCAUGCUUACCAACAUUAAUAUUUGAUUGUUUAGCUCAAACAUCCACUCGAAUAUAA